GUAAAGUUCACAGUGGCCUUUUUACAGUGACCAGAACAGCAGAGACAAGUUUGGUACCACGAUUCAGGGUGAAAGGUUCCUCUGAUGAUCAGAUGGUUCCUCUUGGAGGUUCAGUGGUUUUGCUCUGUCAGGUUGAUGAAAGCUUGUUAGAGAAAAGUCUGAAGGUGGAGUGGAGAAGAGCAGACUCAGAGACUCUGGUUCAUCUGUAUGAAGACGGUGAGAGUCGAGCGAAGAAACAGCACAAAGAUUAUCAACACAGAGCUCAUUUCAUUACUGAGAAGAUUAAAGAGGGAAACUUCUCCCUCCGUCUGGACAAAGUGAGAGCUGAAGAUGCUGGACAAUACACAUGUAAAGUUUACAGUGGGCAGGAUUGUGUGCAUUCAGCCGAUGCAGAGCUCGAGAUACUGAGGUUUGCUGUUAAAUGUUCUCGUCACACACUCGUUCCUCUGGGAUCUUCAGUGGUUUUACCCUCUUAUGGUGAUAAAUCUUUACCAGUGGAGGGUCUGGAAGUGAAAUGGAGAAAAGGAUACACUACUGUUCAUCUGUAUGAAGAUGGUCAAGCAAACACACAGCAGCAGGAUUAUCAGGAUAGAGCUCAUUUCUUCACUGAUCAGAUUCAACAUGGAAACUUCUCCCUCCGUCUGGACGAUCUGAGAGCUGAAGAUGAGGGACAAUACACAUGUACAGUUUACAGUCAGAGAUCUGUGUUUACAGCCAAGACAAAUUUGGUACCGAGACUACUAGACGUCUUCCGUCUUCACAUGUCUCUAGUCUUCUGUCCAAAUGUUCUGAUGCUUCUAGCUUUUGUCCUCUGGGGUGUUUCUGAAGGAUCUGUGAGUGAGACGGUCUGUUGUUGUGCUCUUUUAUUUUCUGAGACCUCUCCUGUUGCUCUGGGCGGCCAGAUAUUCAUCAUUUUACAGGUAUGA